AUGUGGGAUGUGAUGACAAACGAUGAGGCAGUGGAGAUAGUAAGAGGAGUCAAAGAGAGAAGAAAGAGUGCAAAGAGAUUGGUGGAGAGAGCUAUGAUACUUUGGCGUAGGAAGAGAAGAAGCAUCGCCAUGGAUGAUAUCUCUGCUCUUUGUCUCUUCUUUCAUCCUUCUUAG